AUGCAGAACAACCCCCAGGAGCUUUCAUGGCAGGCGAUUCAAGCUAUUGUGGGGGUUAAACUUCCACCAAACGUGUUGCGUUUUGAUGAUAUUGGAUUCCACUUAGUCAAUAAUACGGUUUCAAGUGCUGAAGAUUCAGAUUCGGACGUAGAAAUCGUCGAAAAUGGCUGGGAGUCUGACAACAACGUAUCUUCCAAACCUGAAAAUUCAGAUAACGAAAAAACGUCACCGGACAGAGAUCGAAGCGAGUCGCCUGUUUUGCGUCUCGUAGAACCCGACAAUAACAACUCAAGUAAAGAGUUAUUAGACUAUAGAGACUAUUUAGUUAAAAUGGAUACCAAAGAUAUAACUGAUAAUGAAAAUGAUCAAGUCCCGCCAAAUCACAAUGAUGAUGCUGAUAGUUCUAAUGGGAAUGUUAUGUCAAUCGAAAACUAUUUGGAGGUGACACUAUCUACAGAUUCAGAGGCUAGUCAUAUUUGUAGCCAAUGUAACCAAAUGUUUACCAGUGAGCAACUGCUAACUUCACAUCAGUGUAGUGCUAAACCCACCGAAGAAAAGAAAUAUCCCUGUCAUGUGUGUUCAGAGAAAUUUCCUAGCUACUGGGAACUCAGAAAGCAUAUAAACAGUCAUUUCCCUGGUAUGCUAGACUCUAAAUCAAGUUUUUGUCAUCUUUGCCAAAAAGACUACACUAAAACAGGAUUUAUGAAUCAUUUACGGAAACACACAGGAGAACGUCCUUUUGUUUGUGAACUUUGUCAUAAAGCCUUUUCCCAGUCCAGUUCAUUGUCAAUUCAUAUGAAGUUUCAUUUGAAUGUUCGUAAACAUGCCUGCACAGUUUGUGAGAAAAAGUUUGUAACUAAGAGUGAAUUGUCAAGGCACAUGACUGUUCACACAAAACAAAAGUCAUACUACUGUGGUGUUUGUGAAAAAGCUUUCACACGGUCUGAUAAUAUGAAGAAACAUGAGAAAACACAUGGA